AUGCGUCCCCCCUUGGGUGUAUUCUUCUGCUUCCUUUUUUUAUCCCUCCACUCAAGGGGGGACGCGUCCAAAGUGGUCAAUGACGUGGAAAAUGGCCAAAAUGGGAAGGGUGGUAACGGUAGUGAUGGUGACGAUGGCAUUGAAAAGCGCCACUGCGACAAUGUUUCUAAACUCAAUUUAAGAGGCGACGUCUCCGCGGAAGAAGACGGUGCUGAUAACGAUGACGCCCACGAUGGGCACGGUGAUAGUAAACGUAGCCCCGCUUAUGCUUUAGAAAACUCGCAGCACAGUGACUCCUUAGAGGAGCUCCUCCAAGCCGAACUUAAACAGGGUGACCUGAGCGAGGAGGCACCCGAAACAACCAAAGCAGCCGAAACAGCCGAACCAAGAACCCUCGAACUCACACAUAUGGCACUUCCCCAAGAAGACGAUGACGAAUUAGCAGCGCCAUUGGAAGAUGGUACAAGCAACCAAAUUGAAGAGUGUAAAAAUAGCCUACACGUGGAAAGUAUCACCCCCAGUGGGUCGCAACCAUCCGAUGCGGAAGGGGAGGAAGAAAGACAAGAAGAGAAGCUCGUAGUUCAUGACGAAGAUGGAGGAGCGGGUUACGAAGGAGAAGAUUACGACGGAGCAGACUACGCAAAGGCAACAUACGCAAUGGCAAACUACGCAGAUGUAGAACCGGACGUAGCGCCACAAACUGACGAUGAGAUGACCCACACCUCCAUAGAUGCUUCGCCCAGUAAUGCUCAACCCACAGAGGUAGGUGUAGAAGACUUCGCGGACAUGACAAAAAAUAUCCAAUCAGCACAAGAUUCUCUGAAAGAACUGAUCAACAUAAUUGAUAACGAUGAAGAAGCCUCCGGGGGUGUUGGUGAUAUAAUGAAGGAUAUAAUUUACCUGCUCCUUCAAGUGUAA